GCCGCGAAAACAGUAUGGCAGUCGGCCUUUUCGGUGACUCAUAACAACCCAUGUAAUUUUUUUAAUAACAAAUAACAAAAAGUAGGCCUACCGCUUACCUAUUAUUAGAUGAUGUAUUCAGUAAAAUGUCUAAAAUCAAGGUUGAAAAGAACAUGGUACAAAUUAAAAAAUUCAUCUACCACAUAUUUACAAAGAAAAAAUAUAAGUUGGGAGGAAACCAGCGAUGUGUGUUUAGAACCUUUAUUUAAGUUUGUGGAUAGAUAUACCGUCGUAUUGAGUCAAGUGAUGGUAGUCUUGGUUGUUGUUCUGACAACUUUUGUUGUGAUCGUCUCUUAUUGGAUUGGAUUACCGUAUUGGUGGAAUAAAAGUAAACCCGUCACUGUUUGCUUGUUGUUGGUUGGAAAUUGGCUAUUGAUAAAUGUAGUAUUUCAUUACUAUAUGGGAGUAACAACAUUACCUGGUUACCCGUCAUCUAGCACUUUAAUAAUCAAUGAUGUGAUAAACUGUAAGAAAUGUGAUUCUCCUAGACCUCCUCGAACACAUCACUGUUCAGUAUGCAACAAGUGUAUCCUGAAGAUGGAUCAUCAUUGUCCAUGGUUAAAUAACUGUGUUGGGUUUUAUAACCAUCGAUAUUUUUUUCUGUACAUGGUUUAUAUGACAUUAGGUUCUUUGUUUUUGAUAACUUUCGGGGCCGAUCUGGUUUUUACUGAAGUAUUCUACAAAGAAGAACAUCCAGUAGGUCAUCCGGUGAAGAUAAACACUUCGUUGCCUACAGACGAGUGGAUACUUACUUCUCAAGACGAAUCCGAUAACGAACGCGACUAUGAGGCUGAGUGGAGAUUUUGCUGUAUUGUGUUUAUUACUUUCAUAGCCUGUACAGUUUUCAUUGCCUUAGUAAUUUUAACUAUAUGGCAUGGCUUAUUAAUAAGUGGUGGUGAAACAAGUAUUGAAGCUCAUAUUAAUAAAUAUGAAACAGAACGCAUGGCUGUUUUAAAUUUUGAGUAUAUUAAUGUUUAUAACUAUGGCGCGAAAAUGAAUUGGAUACUAUUCUUGGGACUUCACAGUGGAAGAGAUUGGAGACACAUAAUAUUUCCUUCGUCUCAUAAGCCUUUGGGUAAUGGAUAUAUUUGGCCUACAUCAGAUGAUAUGAAAUGUGUAAAAUUGUAGUAACAAGAACGUAAAGCCACACUGUUUGUUCAAUCCAAGAUAAAUAAGAUGAUACUCUGGUGUACACACCAGGUGAAUUUUCAGUGGCACAUUGUUUUCCAAAUGAAGUAACACCAACUACGUUAAAAAUGCACAUAUUCUUCUCUGAUCUUAUCACUAAUGGUCCGCCAGAAUCGCCCUAAAAAAAACAGUAAGUUAUAAGAUUGAUGUAGGUUGUAUUAACUAUUAUCCUUCCAUUUGCUUAGAAUAUAAUGACAUUUUUUAGUCUUCUACUUACCAAACAAGUGUCAUGUCCUCCAGCUAAGUCUCCAGCACAUAUCAUAGUGUCUAUAAUACCUUUAUUUAAAGUAUUUGUUUUACUCUCGGCUUCAUAUAACUUAUUGCAACGUUGAUUUUCAAUCAAGUCUAAAUCCACUUUCAACAAGUGAUCGCUUGAAGUGGAAC